AUGUCAUCUCCUCCGAGUCUGCCCUCAGCCCAGACUGCUGCCGCUCAAGGAAUGUCUGUAGUUCAACGCGCUUAUCAGAAAUUUCUCAAUAGCUUAGAUGACAAGGCAAAGAUGGGAAACUUCUUUGUCCAGUACUGUGUCCAGACCAACAUCAAGCCUCUCGAACUGACCCAAAUCAACAACAAACUCCAGAAAGACUUUGGAGAGCGACGGCUGAAAACAUCAACACCUAAGCGAGUCUUACAGGCCCUGGUUGCUAUCCAGAAACGAUAUGCCAGCGCCGUCACUGACAUAACAUCCUUCGAUCCCACAUCGAUUUCGGGCGUAGUAUGGACUUGCGUUGGGGCUCUAGCUGAUUUCGCCGAUCGUUACUCCAAACUCUCAGAGACGAUGGACAAUGCCUUGACUGAUUUGGCGCACGACCUCAACCGCCUUUCGGCUUACGAACGUCUUUUCAACGACUCCCCUGCACUCGACGACAUCCUCUGUCAGUCUUAUGUGGACAUAUUUCACUUCUGGAGCCGUGUAUAUCGCGAGCUUCAUCGUACAAGGGCCCACAGAUUGGCGUCUGCUUUCGUGUCCCUCAGCAGCGACAAGUUAGACAAGAUCGUCCAGAAAAUGCGCUCCAACACGAUGCGUCUGAAGGAGCAGGCAGAGCUUGUUUCGCAAGAACUUGCGCAGACCGAUAAGCUAGUCCAAUGUGUACGCGACUUCCUGGGCUCGCCCUUUGCUACCGGGUUCACGUCUGCCGCCAACGGUCGAUUGCCAGGAUCACAACACGCUAAGAUCGAAGCACUGUGUUGCGAAUGGAUCACGGGCCACUCCAAAUACCAGGAUUGGCGAAAGGGCAACACACCAUCUCCCGCGUUGUGGGUGUACGGCCCCCCUGGAUCAGGGAAGUCGACCCUCUGUCGACAGGUCGUCUGCGCUAUCAAAAAGGAGUCCUCAGUCUUCAUCGCCUCUCACUACUUUCGCUUCGACCAGAACCACACCGCACUUGAGGUUCUGAAAUCGCUCGCCGCUCAGCUAUGGGAAGCGUACUCGAAGUUGUCUGGCCAAUCGUUUCACGAUCUCGUCCAGGUGCUUGCUCGUCUCGCGAAUGAUAGAAUAACCGAUCCCAUAUCGCGAGUCCAGUCAAUCUUGCACGAGCUCACCACACACCUACCCGCCACCAUCUUCUUCCUUGACGGUGUGGAUGAGGAGUUCAGGAAGCUCACUGACUGCGGAACUGGAGUCGACAGCCUGAGCACAACUCAAAAUGCUCAUGUCGUCCUCGGCGUCUUGGACGACUUCGUGGCGCCCAGGAAAGGGCGAGGCAACGUCCGCUUGUGGAUUAGCUCACAAGACGUUUCGGACACUCGGCAGAACUUCAGAAAGUAUACACCCUUCGACAUCAAAGACUCUGUCAAGUCUGCAAUCCGUUGCUACCUCACCAAGUCUGUCGAGGCUCUGACUGUCAUACCGCUGGAACGGAGAGAGUCUAUCCUGACGCAGCUUGGAGAGCGCGUGAAGAGCAACUUCCUCUGGGCGCACCUCAUAGUAGUUGAGCUCGGAAAGGCGACUACUUUGGCGGCGAUGGACGAGAUUUUGGAUAGAGGGCGCGCCGAAGACCUGGAUGCGUACUACUGCAGGUUCCUCGAUAGACUGCUCCAUGGUGGCAAGGCGUCGUUAGCCCGUGAUGUCUUUUCUUUGGUCACAUUUGCGCGGCGGCCAUUGAGGAUUGAAGAAGUCAGGGAGGCUGUUGCUAUGCUUCAUAGCUCGAGGGGUCACCUCGAAGACACUCAAAAGCCUUUCACUCAAGCCCUGCUCGAGCUAUUCCCUCCCCUGAUCGAAGUGCAGGACGACCGGACCGACUCCUCUGAUGUUCGCUCAGACGCAACAGCGACAUCCACUGAAGCAGGUCCCAGGACCUUGGCCAAGACCUGUCGCCUCUUCCAUUCGACAUUAUUCGAUUACCUGCGCCGUCAUGCCGAUAUUUUCUGUGAAGAUGAGGACGAUGACGAGGGAGAGAGGGACAAACAGCGGCCCAGCUUCCGGGUCUGCCCGCUACGCAUCGCGGACGCCUGCUUGCGUUACCUUGCGCAGGACCGAUACUCACGACUAUUGUGGCAGCACGAGGGCACGUGGGUCGACAUGGACCGGCAGUCUGUCGCCGAACACACCUUUCUCACAUACAGCGCCAAAAAUUGGGACAAACAUCUAGACUUGGUUGCACCCAACGGCGUCGACCUCCCGUUCUCCCAAUCGUUCAAAAUGGCCACUGGCGCCCUCUUCAGAGUCGCCUCGGCAUUCAGAACGCGCGUGCAAGCUUUUCUCAGCUCGUCCAACUUUCAGACCUGCAUCCAGAUCCAAAACCUUUGGAUCGACGGCGCAUUCAGCCCUUACGCAUGGCGCAACUCCAAUGACGGGCGGGUAUGGGUCCGUCGGAAUCUCCCGCGCUGGACAGUGGAGGACAAGUACUGCAGGGAUUACCAUCGCUUCUGGUGGGACUGGCACCUCUUUCUAUCCUGUUCCGGGUGCGACGACCCCUCGUGCGCGUUCAGACUAUGCAUAGGAGAAGUCGAUCGGUGCUGGUGGGGAGCCCUCGGCCCUGACAACUUCUUGUCGAAGAUGAAGAGUCGCUAUCAAUCGUUCCGCUUACAAGCGCAGGACUGUGGGGAAGCUAGAAAGAGUGGUCAGUGCUUCUUCCAGACUGCACUCGCAACUCAUGACGCUGUGAAGGUCCUGCGGCUCGCAUCUGUAUCAGACAGCCGGCUUCACUUUGUUGUCGAGACAUGGAGCUACGACGCAAAGUUGUUGCCGACAUUGCAACGGUCCCAGACUCUAAACAUCCCUCUAGACACCUGUAAAGCCUCGUUCUAUGCUGCUGGGGACAUCAACAACGCCGAAGCUUUCAGCGUUUGCUCAGGCGGGGCCGGCGUGCAGAUCGCCUCCUUCAGCGCCGACGGACGGUGUCUCCGGAUUGGCUCGCGAGUGUAUGCUGCAGGCGAUAACGGCGAGUACUUCAAGUUCAACGGAAUCGAUGCGGAAGAUCUGGGCUACAUCGAGGAGAUCGCGGGAUGCGAGGACGUUAUAGCUGUGGCCCGCCGACAGUCCCCUCCUGUGGCCUUCGACAAAGGCCCCCCUCCUGCCCGAGAAGCAGACUCGUGCCAAGACGGAGACAGCGACAGCGAAUGGGCAGACAGCGAUGACGAAUCUGUUGUCUCAGAUUCUUCAGCCGACAGUGUCGACCAAGGUUACGAGACGUCCAGUAGUUGCUCCUCAGCCGCUGACGUCCGGGAUUCCGAUGCCGAAUCCAAUUCGGGAUACACAAGCUCAUCCAGUGAGCAAGGCGAAGUCGGCGAGUACUCUGACUCUACUUCCGAGGACGAUGACAAUGAAGAAGACGAUGAUGUUCUGGAGGAAGAGGAAGAGGACACCUAUGCUCAUAGUGACAGUGACGACGGGAUCGACCCUUCAGCAUUCGCUUUCGGUCAAUUGCCAGCAUACGGAGAUCGGGGCGAGCAUAGACGCCCCCAAAGAGAUUCUCGAGGCACGAAACGCUCUGUCUCUCCUCACGUUGGGCGAGCAGUGAUUCAGGUUUAUGUGUCGGAGGAGCGUCGUUUCCGUUUCCGCAGGAAGAGCGCCAACUUGCUAUCAGACUCUCCUCCCGUGAUCCAUCCUAGCGAACCCCUACUCGUGUGGCCUCUGGGUGGACGAGAUGUUCUGUUUGCUGAUUACGAAGACAGCACGUACUUCAUUCGCGAAGUUGGGGAAGAGUCGGGUUCCGCAACGACUCUCACCGUGAAGUGCCACUUCGCAAAGUCCGAGCGUCACCUUCACAUCGCUGUGUUUGAGGGCCGCGCAACCGAGGCUCAAAAACAGGAUGGCUCGGCUCAAGUCACGCUCCUUGUCCACACUUAUCGCCUUUGCUCAAAAAAGCCCACACGGAGUCCACCGAACCACAUACACACGUCCCUUGUCGAUCUUGGCACUCUCGACCGAUCCCAGCUCUCGCAAAGGCUUCCUUGCACGCUCACGUGGACCGACUCUCGUCUCUACGUGUCUUGGAGCGGCCUAACGCUAUCUGUCUUCCAGGUCAAUUUGUUUAGUCCCUGCGACGGCAAAGAUCUUGCAAUGAACGCCGAGGUGCAGUGUCCUCGGGAGAUCAUACUCUUACCUUCUAGCGCGAGAUACCGCGACACCUUUUUCUUCCCGGCUCGGGAAUCGGGCUUCGCUAAGGUCAUCAUUGGCGGACCAAUCAUCGUUAAGGAGAGGAAUACUCCACCUACACUCGACUUCACAACGCCUGUUGGGUGCCUCCUCCACCCCGAGGAUGACCUUGGUGGUUGGGUUAAGGCAGAGAAUGCCGGCGGAAAUUGGAAACAGGACAGUGAGGCUGGCAGGCUCAAUAGGCCGUUAGAGCAAUUUGACCCCGACGUGGAUUGCGUCCUCGAACCGUUCCUGUGGCAAGGCUAG